AUCGAUAGAAAAGUGACGUUGAUUGACGUUCGAAGCAACGUUUUCGUAAAACAAGAACAGGUCAAUCAUGAGACACGAGAUAAAAGUAAUUCGGAUGCGUACAUAAACAAUACAUACGUAAAACACCCAUAAAAUGUAUAAAAAUAUUAAAUAGCAACAAAUUAGCGUGAAUCAAGCCUCCGCGGGCCACGGAAGGUCUGAAAAUGGGGUCCGAGCAAAGCUCCCAAAAUACUAACCAGAGUGCCAACAGUGGGAAGACAAGGGCGAGUCAGCUCAGACGUGGCAAGAGCGUUCCGAGUCGCGAGAGAGUGCCAGAGGACACUCCGCCAAGGUGCACCAGUCCAGGCGCCAGCAUCUGUUCCGACUCCGACCUCCCCUACAUCUCCUACACCGUGAAUCGACCUAUCGGGGACUCGCCGAAGAUGACGAACAAACAGUCGCAGCUCUACAGAGGGAAGAGUAUCGCGGCUGGCGAAAUUUCCAGGCGAAAAAACGGCCUAGGCAUGACAAAUCACAAUCACAGGAAGAUCAACACGUCGGACAACAAGGCACACAGUAUCGUGGUGGUGAAGCCAGCUCAAGCGGACCCUACAGCGGACAAGGACCCCGACAUAGUCAAGCUACAGAGCAUCCCGAUGUUCCUGCCGAUCAUGCGCGGCACCCUGAACCUACCGCCGGGCGUGCGCGACCCAGAGGUCCUGGAGAGGCUCGAUCCCGUCGGUCUGUUCAAUCUGUGCGCACGCUAUCAGCAUCACCUAAACACGAACGCGCAGAUAAUAGCGGCCGAGCAGGCCGCCUUGUGCACCGGCAUGGAGGUGGAGUUUAGCAAGGCGCUGAAUCACGCCGUGGAUCGACAGAAGCGAUUCGCCAGGUUCGCGGAGCAGAUGAACAAGGUGCACGAGCUCAGCCGGCAGCUCACACGGUGCCACUCGCUGCUCAAUCAAACCCUCGAGAGCCUCGAGACGCUCAACAAUCUGUUGCCGGUAGAAGAGAGGCUCGAGCCCUUCGUCUGGACCACGGGUUAAACGCGUCAACUAGAAAUUUUAUCGCUCCCACUUUCAGCGAGAAACCUGGAUUCUAUAAAACGCUUAUGCCCUUCGACAGAGAAAUUAUAAUUAAGAGAUGUAACAUAAUAUAAUAAUAAUAUAAUAAUUAAGAGAUGUAAAUAUAGCAUCGAGACGUUAUCCGACUUCAAGACACUUCAAUUAA